AUGCUCAUUUUGAGGAGUCUGGUUGACCUCGAUGUGGAUGAGGUGUCCGACGAUGGAUUCUCCUUCUCUAUUUCUAUGGUUUUCCUACUUUUUGACGGACAGGAGUUCAGUCCCAAUGAUUAUUUUUUUGACACUAAACUGGUCCGGAUAUUCUCUUUCGGAAUCAACAACCAGUUGAUAUCCACGUCAAUUGAUGUCAGUUGGAAACAAUUCCAGACUGAGAAGUCAUUUUUUGACUUGUUCACUGAAAUGCGUGGUUGUAAUUCCCAGGAUGUGUCCAUGGCCAUUAAAAAUGAUAUUUGGCCUUCCCCUUUCAAGUUUGUUCGCGAUUCGGCCGCUGAUAAGUUUUGA